AUGAGCCGGCCGCUGUUCUUGGCGUGUCGGCCAGAGCCUAGGACCGGCGCUUUGAACAGUGUUAGAGGUGUUCCCGAGCAGCUUCAGGCGAGCAACGCAGACGGCGCGGGCUUUGCUUGGAGCGGGGGCCGUGCAGUUUCCAAGGCUGAUGGCACUUUGGGCCGUGGUGAGGCCGAAGACAGUGAAGAGGUCAAGGCGAAAAGGGCGGGUGAAGGCUCGCUGACACUAGCAUUUUUGAGAAUGUGCCCCUUGCUGCAGGUUUCGCGAAACAAGCCAGCGGAUGAGGCUGCCUCAGCACAGACUGCUGACCCGGUUGAAGAUGCCAAGCAGGCUAUUGUGGCCUUUGCCCAGGACGAGCAGCUGCAGAAGACGGUUCAGGAGACAGAGGAGAUCAAGGAGGAGGUGCUCCGGCUCGAGACAGUUGUUUGUUUGAUGUGGGUUGAUGCCUUCAGCACGUCUCAAAGCCGGUGUUUUCUAGCAUUCGUGGCGUGGUUGUGGUUUUUACAGGACGAAGGCUUCGACGAAUCCACCGAGCAGGACACUUUUUCAAAGAAAUGUUUCGACAUGGCUGUGAAGAAAUGGGACGGAGCCCAGAAGGAUCUGGACGGAGCCCGGGAAGAUCGGGACUUUGCGCGCCAAAGGCUUCGAGAAGCCGUGCAGAACGGCAACGAAAAGGAGCGCAAGGAGGCCAAGGAGGCGUUCAAAGAGGCCGAGGAGGCGUUCGAAAAGGCCGAGUCGAAGGUUGAAAUGGCCAAGGAGGAGGCCGAAAAGGCCAAUGAGGAGCUCGAGAAAGCCAAAUCAACAGCACCCCUUCAGGCCGGCGGUGCUUUUGCGCUUCUGCGUGUGCAGUUCGUGCAGUCCACCAUUGUUGGUUUUUGGGGUCAUGCUCUCCUCCCAGCAAGGAUUCCGCUCGUCGCUAAGCUUCACUGUGUUGGCUUGCAGCACUUCGGGGAGCGGGAGGGGCUUUCGGAGCAGAGGGCUCUUGGCUGCUUCAGGUUCAUGCAAAUCUGGUUGCUCUUCGUGUUUUGCCGAUGCUUCAGAACGGGGUGUCAGUCCUAG